AUGAUAAGAAAUAGUGCAACAUUAUUAUUAUUAUCAACAAUAGUUCAAAGUAUAUUUGGUCCAUCGAAAACAAAAGAUGGAGAAGAAUAUUUAUCACAAAAAAAUAUUAUGACAUUAAGAGAAUUCUUUAAUAAAUAUUCAUCAUUAUUUCAUUUAUUUUAUCAAAAAUUACAACAAACAACAAGUACUCGUUCAUCAAUUGAAUCAUUAUCAUCAUCAUGUUUAUUUGCUAUACUUUUAAUUCUUCGUCGUCUUUAUCUAAGUUCACUUGAUGGAAUUGAUUGUUCAUUAACAUAA